AUGAUUUUUUUACAGGAGGCUCGCGGCAAGAGGCCCUUAAAACUAUGGGAUUGCUGGCGGAAUGUUCGUAAAGGACUCGUGGUCGGCAGCUAUGAGGAACUCAUACUCAGAGGCAAAGAUAAGUUAGGAGUCGGAGCAAACGAGCCCGUUCGCCUGGUGUUGGAAUGUGACGGCACCCAGAUCGAAGAUGGAGAAUACUUCCGGACUUUAGCCAAUAACAGCGUGUUGCUAUUGCUGAGACAAGGCGAGAGAUGGUUCCCUUCGGGGGCUGAUGUCAUCAAAGCUGCGAUCUCUGCGAUUCCUAAGAUCGUGUGCGAGACAAUCCACGCCUUGGAGUUGCAGGAUGAGACUCCGUCCUGGAAGAUCAUGGACAACAAGGGUCGCGUCACCGUGGUUUUGCACUGGGAUCAGAGGCAUGGACAGAGUCAAACCCUUGCCCAGUCGGGUCCGAUCUCGGCAAGUAGUAAGUUCUCUCCGAGUAAAAAGCCACCUUCGGCGCCUCGAUAUCCAGUCAGUCCUCAGAUAACGGUGAUCAACCACGAUGAUGCCCUUCAAGCGAGAAUGCUGUCGGGGGGCUCCAGGCGCCUCUCGGGCUCUCGGGCGAGCAGUUUUGAUGGGGCGGCGGUGCACGUACACACACCAGAAUGUAUUCAGAGACCUUCCCGAACAAGUCCGACGCCCGAGGGUGCAAAUGGCCCCAUCGAAUGCGAUUUCCAUUGCUGCGCCCUUCACGAAGAAGGCAGGAAGAUCGCGGUGCACAAAUCGGUGGCCACUUCCCCAAUACAAGAUGCCCAGCAGCAGACGUCUCCGCAGCCGCCGAGCUCCCUCUCGGACGGAACGAAAAGGGCGGGCCUGGCGAAGGGACAUGUUCGAUUUUUGGAUAUUGAAGCUCCGACGGAUCGAGACAGUUCAGAAAGCGAAACAGAAAACACGGUCAUGGAAGACGAGGCGGUCACCUCCGAAAAAUUCCUUCUACUAAUCGAUCAGCUCAGCGUCGACCAAAAGCGUCAUUUGAGUAUCAAAGACAUCGGCAUCAUUUUGGAGAGACUUAGCUCUAAAAUUUUGGACGUUGAACGUCUUGACAGGGAAAGCGAAAGCGACGAUUGUUACAAUUGGACGAUAAAGGCUACGAUACGAGGCGAUGUCCUUCGAGAAUUAGGGGUGAUUUAUAAUGGAAAUUAUUAUGCGAUAUCGGAGCACCCUGGAUAUAAGGAAGAAAGCGAAGAAAACGCUGAAGACGUCGAAGAGGAAGAGGAGGAAGAAGACAGGUUGUAAAUUUUUU